AACUUUCCAAUAUUUAAUAGAAUCCACGCCUCAGUGCUUGUAUGUACUCCGUCAUGGAUUCUCUAAUAUCUUCGUCUUCAUCUUUCCGAUCACCAUAUCACCACCAACCAAGAAUUCCCACAAUCACUCUCACAAAACCCGUUUCGAAAAUCCCAUCAUCUCACCGAAUCACGCAACAUAUCCUGAGAUCAAAUUUUAAAAUCUUCACUGCGGCUUCUCCGGCCACUUUUCCGGCGGAAACAGAAUCUGCGCCGCCGGAAGAAGCGGCUGAGCCGGAGAGAUUCGAGUGGUACGAGCAGUGGUACCCGGUGUGGGCGGUGUGCGAUCUGGACAAGAGGAGGCCGCACGCGAAGAAGGUGUUAGGGAUUGAUUUGGUGGUGUGGUGGGAUCGGAACGAGAAUGCAUGGAAGGUGUUCGAUGAUAGUUGCCCUCAUCGGUUGGCGCCGCUGUCGGAGGGGAGGAUCGAUCAGUGGGGGAGGCUGCAGUGUGUUUACCACGGCUGGUGCUUUGGCGGCGCCGGUGACUGCAAAUUCAUCCCUCAGGCGCCGCGAGAUGGCCCUCCGGUCCACACGUCCAAGAAGGCGUGUGUGGCCGUUUAUCCCAGUUGUGUUCAAAACGGCAUUGUUUGGUUCUGGCCAAAUCCGGAUCCACAGUAUAAGGAGAUACAUUCAACGAAGAAGCCGCAUUACAUCCCAGAACUCGACGAUCCAUCCUUUGCGUACGCGAUGACAACGAGGGAAAUAGGCUACGGGUAUGAAAUCCUGAUUGAAAAUCUUAUGGACCCUGCUCAUGUUGCAUAUGCACAUUAUGGCGUGAUGGAGACAGGACAAGUGCCCAAGAGUUUGAAGGCCGAUAGAGAAGGAGGGAGACCACUAGAAAUGAGUGUGCAAAAAGUCGAUGUAAAUGGCUUCACUUCGAAGCAAAUAUUCGGGGAGAACUACUUCGUUGCACCUUGCCUAUUAUACGGCUACUUUGCGCCAAAAAAAGGCCAGAUCACUAACAAGGCAUCAUCCGAGGUGGUGUUAUCCCCCGUUCCCCCGGAGAAAAAAGCUAUGCUUGUUUUCUACUGCGUCCCGGUUAGUCCGGGCCAUAGCAGGCUGAUCUACGCGAUUCCUAGGAACUUUGGCGUCCGCAUGCAACGAAUGGUCCCGCGUUGGAUACAUCACAUUUUGCAGAACUUGAUUCUUGAUUCAGAUCUCUAUCUUCUUCACAUGGAGGAAAGAAAGCUGAGAAAUGUUGGGGCUCUCAACUGGCAUAAAUCUUGCUAUGUUCCGACAAAGUCCGAUGCCCUCGUCGUGGCAUUCAGAAGGUGGCUGAACAAGUACGGCGGCGCACAAGUUGAUUGGAGCGAUAAAUACACCGGAGAGCUUCCACCCACUCCUCCAAGAGAGCAGCUCUUCGACAGGUACUGGACUCACACUGUGGGUUGCAGCAGCUGCAGCGCAGCGUAUAAGCGUCUCAACGCGCUAGUGAUAGCCCUUCAAGUUGUCUCGAUUGCUUCGACUGCAGCCGUAGCCGCAGCCAAACAUGGUGCAAUCUCCAUUGCGGCAAGGUAUUCUGUGGCUUCAUUGGCUGUGCUGAGCUUUUUGGCUUCAAAAUGGCUGUCCCAUUUCAUCCACAAAACUUUCAUAUGCCAUGACUACGAUCAUGCUUUCCGUUAAUUAUUACUCCCGUUUUCGAGUAGAAGUCCCCGUUGUUGGUUUUAAUGGAAUUGUUGAGUGUGUUGGUUUUCGAGUAGAAGUCCCCGUUGUUGCUUUUAAUGGAAUUGUUGAGUGUGUUGGUUUUCGAGUAGAAGUCCCCGUUGUUGGUUUUAAUGGAAUUGUUGAGUGUGUUGGUUUUCGAGUAGAAGUCCCCGUUGUUGGUUUUAAUGGAAUUGUUGAGUGUGUUGGUUUUAGAGUAGAAGUCUCCGUUGUUGGUUUUAAUGGAAUUGUUGAGUGUGUUGGCUUUCGAGUAGAAGUCCCUGUUGUUGGUUUUAAUGGAAUUGUUGAGUGUGUUGGUUUUCGAGUAGAAGUCUCUGUUGUUGGUUUUAAUGGAAUUGUUGAGUGUGUUGUGAGUGGAAUACAUUAGUAGAAUAUGAAUCACACGUGUUUAAUCAUUUUAUAGUGUUUAGUUUUAAUAGGCAGUAUUAUUUUCAAGUAGAAAGUCCCACUUGUUGGUUUUAGAGAAUUAAUUAAGUUUGUUGUGAGUGAAAUAACUUAGUGAAUAUGAAUAAUCUGUGUAAUUAUUUUAUUGUGUUUAGUUUGAAUGAGUAUUAUACUAUUA